AUGGUAGCUGUGCAAAAAGUGAAGGAAGCGGAGAUUACCGAGCUCGAUUCUCUGCUUUUGACAAGGAAUCUGCUGCGAAUUGCUAUAUUCAACAUAAGCUACAUCAGAGGGCUGUUUCCUGAGAAGUACUUCAAUGACAAAUCUGUUCCAGCCUUGGACAUGAAGAUCAAGAAACUGAUGCCAAUGGAUGCAGAGUCACGUAGACUCAUUGAUUGGAUGGAGAAAGGUGUUUAUGAUGCGCUCCAGAAAAAAUAUCUCAAAACACUUCUGUUCUGUGUGUGUGAAGCAACUGGUGGGCACAUGAUUGAAGAGUAUGCAUUUUCUUUCAGCUACUCAGAUUCAGAUACACAAGAGGUUUCAAUGAAUGUAAGUCGUUCUGGAAGCAAGAAGAGUGGUGGAACCUUCAAGUGUGAUUCAAAGAAUGAAAUUACUUCCAAUCAGAUGAGGAGUUCUGCUUGUAAGAUGGUUCGCACACUGGUUCAACUGAUGAGAACUCUUGACAAGAUGCCUGAAGAGCGUACUAUACUGAUGAAACUCCUGUAUUAUGACAGCACGCCUGCUGAUUACGAACCUCCCUUCUUCCGAGGCUGCUCAGAAGAGGAAGCUCGUAAUACUUGGACUAAGAAUCCACUGAAAAUGGAGGUUGGAAAUGUCAACAGCAAGCAUGUGAUAUUAACUCUCAAGGUUAAGAGUGUACUUGAUCCCUGUGAAGAUGAAAAUGAUGAAAACCAUGAGAAUACUAGCUCCUCCGAAGGUGGUUGUGGCGAGAGAGAUGGCGAUAGCGAUUCUGACAGUGAUACAAGUAUGUCAAAUGAUGGUCAGUUCAUUGUUGCACCAAUUGAAAAGCAACAAGAGCCCGAAAACAACACAAUGGUGAAUGAAGAUGAUACACAGGACCCUGCAGAGGAUGAAGAACAAUUGAGCCGAGUGAAGGACUGGAUCAACUCUCAUCACUAUCAAACUUUAAAUCUCACAGACAUUGUCUCAAAUUUUCCUGAUAUCUCUAGAGUCUUGAUUGAAGAAAUCAUGGACAAGCUAGUUAAGGAAGGUGUGAUUUCAAAAUCUGGUGCAGAUAUUUACUCCGUCACCAAAGAAAAGAAGUUUGACUAUGAGUUCGAUAUUGUGAAAGAAGAACCUGAUCCUCAAACCAAUGGAAAGUACAAUACUGGUGAUGAUCAUAUGUACAUGCAGGCAUUGUAUCAUGCUCUUCCAAUGAACUAUAUCACUAUUGCAAAGCUUCAGAAUAAGCUUGAAGCAAAUGUGACAACUGUUCGCAAGUUGAUUGAUAAAAUGGCUCAGGAUGGCUUUGUUGAGACUAAAUCUAACCGCAGGCUAGGGAGGCGUGUCAUCCACUCGGAAAAGACUGAGAAGAAGCUGUCAGAAGUCAGGAAAUCCCUGAGCUUUGAUGCUAUGGAUGUGGAUAUGGAUCAGAAUGAUCUGAAUGACUCUGGUAAAAAAGCCAACAACUCAGAACCUGAGGCAAAUGGUAACACUUACAAGGAUUUGUCAACCUGUGGCGCUUUGCAUUCAGUUGGAUCAGAUCUCACACGCACUGUUGCUCGAUCUGCUGCAUAUCCAAAUGGUUCUAUAAGAAGUGAUGACUCAAAAAGAAUGGAUAAUGGAAACACACCCAUAAGCAAGGCUCAGGUUUACAUCGAAAACCUAUAUACUAGAAAUUAUGCAACUGCACUUAUUAUUAUCUAUCUAAUUGCUUUGAGAUUCCAUUUGGUGUUUAUACAGCCAGCGGCAUCCAGGGAAAGUUAUGCAGCAGGAGCUGAAAAUGGAAGGGGCACUGGAAACGGUAAUCAAUGUGAUGACAACGAUACAAUCAUGAGCAGCAGGUUAACUCAAGAAAAGCGCUUCAGGAAAGCAAGCACGGUCAAGGAACCCAUUCUCCAGUGCAUGAAGCGCCAGAAAAGCCAAGCUGUGUAG